AUGGAAGAAUGUCAGGGCGAUCUAGACCUGACCAUUGCACGCAUAUCCGAAGGAUACGCAAGUCAAUGGGGAGAGGUGAAACCAAAAAGACCAAGACCUCCUCGAGACAGCAACAAUGAAAACAAGCGUGUCGCCAUCGUGGAGAAAAAGAAAGAGGUUGGAGAUCGCUCUCAAAAAUAUCAACCUACACAUCCACGCGGUAAAAAGGAUCCUCAUGAAAAAAGGUCAGGCGGUCCAACCAAACGAUCGAAAAAGCAAAAGAAUGAGAUAGAAAAAGAAGACAAAGAGACGUCCAACAAAGAACCUCCCAAGCCUUCAUGGGCCAGUAUUUUGAAAAAGUCGAUUGAAGAAGAAGAAGAAGAAAAGAAAAAGAAGGAACAAGAAGCCAAAGAGAGCGUGAAAGAGACGAGGAAAGUAGAACAAGCACAAGAAGAGGGCGGCACAGAGAAUGACAGCACAAAGGAACCAGCACACGAUUCAGAACCCAACAACCUAACAGCAGACAACCCAAAGGAGGCCGAUGGACAGGCACCCCAUGUCCUUGAGAAGAGCGAUGAGGACAGCCACCACUCUAAAGACGCGGUACAAGCAUCGACGACCUUAAAAGUAGAGGAACCUUUGACAGUGAGCGAGCCAACGGAGGACGAGGUGGUGGAGGAGGAGGAGGAGGAGGCUGACGACAGUCCACCUAGGGAGAAGGAGGAAGAAACGCCAUCAGUCACUACCGCGGAAGAGUCCGACAUGGCAUCCCUUGCUGACAUGACCAUGCAACGUAAAACAAGAAUGCUCAACCAAGUAGAAGCCGUUGUAUUACCUGACAAUCAACAAAUUGACCCAUCCCUGGAUGACGUCCAUGUUCGCUUUGGUACUUUGAAUUUGGCAUCCGAUGAGGAAGAGGAUGAACACGUACAGAAUGGGAAUGAGGAGGGUCAGGAAAAGACCGUCAAAGACAUGGCAGUUGGCACCCACGGUGGUGCAACAGCCAAAGAAGAGCCAGCAGCAACUGCUCUUACAAGCGUGCCCGCCUCUCCUCCUCGUCCGACCGUGACCCGCGCUGCAGCUGAAACAGAAGAAAAGGCAAAGGAAACCAAAACUCAACCUGCUGUUGUAAAGGAAGCAUCUCCCAUAGCUCAAACGUAUCAGCAUAAACCUCUUCCACCUGCUUUCGAACCUUCCAUGAGCAAGAAACCGUCACCAGCCCCUUCAGCCCCAGCAGCAGCCCCAGCAGCCCCAGCAGCAGCUCAACCCUCCUACGCAACCCCACUUCUCGCUCAGCAAGGUCCUCUGUACACUUCUUACGUACCCGUGACAGCCGUGCUUGGCUACAAUGUCGCAGCUACUCAUCCUAUGCCCAUGAUCGAGAACGCUGCAACGACAGCGGCUACCACCACUCUCUAUCCAUCGGCUGCUGCGAUGGGAAUGGCACCCCCGCCACCCCCCGCUGAGAUGCCUUACAAUUCUCGACUACCAGCGGCUACCAUGAACUAUUAUUAUUCUCCCUCCUCUAACGCACCCAUGUACGGUCAUCUUCAGCAACAACAGGCCUCGUCCCCUUCCAUGCCAGCUUUAUUUGUUCAAAACACAAAAGAAGGAGACAUGAACAGAUACUAUCAGCCUGCCACCACCGUCAUGGAGCCCAUGAUGUUGUCGUCCCCUCAACAAACCGUGGUAGUCCCUGGCAAUCGCUUCUUGUCCUCUAGCAAUCACACGCCCUCCCUCUUACCUCAACAACAACAACAACAACAACAACAACAACAACAACAACAACAGCAGCAGCAGCAGCAACAGCAACCUUAUUCCUAUUAUUACAUGCAACCUCCUACCAACACCCAUUAUCAGCAAGCACAAGCACAACCGUAUCCCUAUCCUCACCAACAGCAACAGCAACAACAACAACAACAACAACCCCCUUAUAUGAAUCAUCGACAUUAUCAUUAUACAACACAGUCCUCCGAUGCUGCAAGCCAUACGCAUCAUCACCCUCCUACAACCCAUAGCAAAUCCACGCAUCCACAGCAGCCACCACCACCACCACCACCACCACAGCAGCAGCAGCAGCAGCAGCAACAGCAUGUCAAUGCCACCUCUCAUUCUUCUUCUUCUACUACCCCUCCUACGACUUGUACGCCUACCACGACAACAACGCCUGCUACUGCUCCUACGACAGUAGUCACCACGGCUACAAUGAUGACGCAUGGGACGACGGCCACUACCUUACCCAUGACGUAUUCGAGUAUGAUGGCUGCUCCUUAUCAACCUUAUAUGUAUACAAAUACAAUGAAUUAUGCUGCUGCUGCACCUGCACCCCCCAUGGCUUUGUCCAACAAAAAUGAUGUUCAUUUCCAACAACAACAACAACAACAACCACCACCUACUCCCAUGUCUUAUUAUCCUCAUGUAACCUCCAAUCAAUAUCAACAACAUUAUUGGCAAUAA